CCAGAACAGAUCCAGCUGGACGCAGAGAGAGAAGCAGACUGCAGACCAUAAGAAAGAAACGCGGCAGAUUAUCUCCCGGACGACAGCCCAACUUUGGGGAAAUUUAGCUAUUAAACCAAGAGAGAACAAAGUAACGUUUAAUGGAUGACAUCUAAAAUCUACAUCGACUGACUGCAGCCCUAACUCCGCGUGUGUGAUGUGACCGCUGACUGCACAAAAUCUGACGCUAGUGCGCACGAUGGAGGAACUUUUACGCACACAGGGUGCUUGGGCUCAGAACGGUUCCUGGUACAAUUCCAGUUAUUUAAACAUCACCAAUAUAGGGAACAACACGGUAAAUCCCUUAAAGCGAAAUGAAGAAGUAGCCAAAGUGGAAGUUACUGUCCUGGUGCUGGUGCUGCUGCUCGCUCUGACCGGCAACCUGUGCGUCUUGUGCGCUAUCCAUACCACCAAGCACAGCCAUUCUCGGAUGUAUUACUUCAUGAAGCACUUGAGCAUCGCAGAUCUUGUUGUGGCGGUGUUCCAGGUCCUGCCGCAGCUCAUCUGGGACAUAACCUUUCGUUUUUACGGACCUGAUUUCCUUUGCAGGCUGGUCAAAUACCUCCAGGUUGUUGGCAUGUUUGCGUCAACCUACAUGCUGGUCUUGAUGUCCAUCGAUAGAUGCUUAGCGAUCUGCCAGCCGCUUCGCUCGGUGCACAAGGGGAAAGAUCGCUUCUGUGUGAUCGCAUCUUGGAUCCUCAGUCUGAUUUUCAGUACCCCACAAGCCUACAUCUUUUCUCUCAGGGAGGUCGGGAAUGGCGUUUACGACUGCUGGGGGGACUUCGUGCAACCCUGGGGUGCCAAAGCCUACAUCACAUGGAUGAGUCUGAGCAUUUACAUUCUUCCAGUAGCGAUAUUAAGCAUCUGCUACGGUCUGAUAUGUUUUAAAAUAUGGCAGAAUAUCAACAUGAAAACCAGGAGGGAUCAUGUUUUGGCUCUCACACCGAGGCCAUCCAAGGGCGCACAUCCACUGUCACGCGUGAGCAGCGUCAGACUCAUUUCUAAAGCCAAGAUCCGCACCGUGAAAAUGACAUUUGUGGUGGUCAUUGCAUAUAUUGUGUGCUGGACUCCUUUUUUCUUUGUCCAGAUGUGGUCUGCAUGGGAUCCUGCUGCACCAAGAGAAGACAUGGCCUUCAUCAUCUCCAUGUUGCUUGCUAGCCUCAACAGCUGCUGUAAUCCCUGGAUCUACAUGUUCUUUGCUGGUCACCUGUUUCACGACCUGAUGCGGAGCUUCUUCUGUUGCUGCAGACACUAUCUGGCGGACUCUUCCUGCCGCUGCGAUCAGCAGUGCAGGCACAAAAGUGGCUCCUCCACUUUCGUCAUCAAGAACGGCAGCAGUAUGAGGAGUUUGACUCACACUUCCAGCACAGGGGGGCCCGCGCAAUGAGCCGGCAGGGAGCCAUCUUAAGCUUCCCGUGGUUGACUUGAUCCAGCAAUCAUGCAAGGCCUUGGUUGAGGCAUUUAAUCAGCUACAGCAGAGCUGAGCUCGCCAUGGCACAAUGCUUGUUGUCAGCUGUAUUAAAUUAAGCCAAACAGAGAACAUAAACCUCCUGUCCGGAAACAGCCCUGGACCCUGUGAUAACAGAAAGUAGAACAAAAUGCCAUUGUGUCCAAAAUGUGAACUAAAUGAGCUGCAAAGUGAAGUUCUAACCAGAGCACAUUUAAAUUUAGCAGGAUGUGUUCAAAUGUUCGCUCACGGCUGCAGUCAGCUCUGACAGGACCAGACAGGAUGGACCAGACUUUAAUCGAAGAUGCCAAAAAAACUUUUCCUGUUGUUGCUUUGAACAGACUGACUUGGUGGCUUUCAUUUCUAUCUUUGGCCACAGAAUGAGUAGGAGGAAAAUAAUUAAUGUAUAUUGUUGUUUACUGUGGCAUGUUCAAACAUAUAUAUGUGAGAUGACAAAAUAGGACAAAAUAUUACAUACUGGAUGUUUAGUUAACGAGACGUGUCUACUAUCUAAGGUUAAACAACUGUAAACAUUCUUUAUAUUUGUUUACAGUGUUUUUGUACUUCAGUUUUAUAGUUUAAGGGUGUAUUCACACCUGACACAUUCGGCCCACUAUAUACGGACCAGAAUAUGUUUCCCCCGUUGGUCUAAACCUUUUGUUCAGGUGUGAAUACACUCAAGCGAACUCUGGUGCAGACUAAACAAGUGGACCUAGACCCACUUUUUGAGGUGUUCUCAAAACAAACUCUGGUGCAUUUCCCUUCAAGUGUGAACACAGACCGGCCUCAAUAUGAACCAACAACAGGACACACACGACAUUUUGGACUCAUUAUUCUAACAGGUAUUCUUGCUAACAGAAUACCUGAUAGCAGAAUACCUGAAUACCUGUUAUAAUUCCCAGCAAUUCCAUUGCUGGGAAUUAUGGUAAAAAUGAGCCCUUCAGUGUUGCUACUACAACGUGUACUGAAAUCAUACCUGAUCGCCUGUUUGCUGCUGCCAGCAUGUUGUGGGCCAGGGCACACAGAGCAUCUAAUUCAGCUUCCACCACACACUUGUGGACACCGUUCCAAAAUUUGGAAUAUCACAUUGUAAAUCCUUCAUUGUUUGAACUGCUCCUUACGUUUUAAAUGGUAUUACAGUUCUAAUAACAGCACAAAUGUCCACAACAGAAAUGCAGCAAGCAGGACUUCCAGAGUUCUUUUUUUUUUUUUUCGGGUCUGUCCUCUGUUCCAACCCCUGUCAUUUCUGGCCAGUGGGGUCUUCACCCAAGUUGAUUUGUCUAUAAAGAGUAGUCCACUUGCAAAAAAAGGACAAUGAGAAAGCAAAUCGAAGGAAAAAGAAUAAAUAAAGUCCGCUGUUGGUCCAGACCAAACACACAAACAAAAGUCUAUCCUGGUGUGUAUACAACUUAAAGAAAGUUUACCAUAGAUGCUGAUCCACAUUGUUAAUAUUUUUUAUACAGUUUUUCUCAGUUGCUUUUGCACAUUUCUCUUAAAACAAUUGAAACUGAACAAACUUCCUGUUUAAUUUCCAAGUCCAGUUGCUAACUAUUUCUACUAUUUCUUCUUUGAUUUGUUGUUCUGCAUAUACUUUUAUAAACUCAUGCAGUUUCUUAUGAGCAAUAGAUGGUUGUUUUAUACAUUUGCUCAUUUAAUGAUGAUCAAAUGCAUUUCUCUUCAGGCCAGCUUGCCAUUUCAUCUUGCAUUUAAGGGUGUUGAAAUAUUUACAUAAAACCAUAAAGCAUAUUUCAAACAUUUCUUCUGAAAUUCUCUCAAUGAUUGUGUUCAGAAUAUAUAGAGUUUCUACCACUUUGAAUUGCUCUCAGGUUAAACUUGACUAGGGGAAUGUGUGGCACUGGCUCAUUUAUAUUCUUGCUAACAGAACUACAUUUACUCACUCAACCAAUCACAAACGGUUUUAUAAAGAUUUGUUGCAUGCACAUUAACUUUUUUCCUCACUGACUGACAUUAAAUCAGACUAAACUUUUCUAAUUUCAAAUUAGAGUAAAAUUA